AUGGCGCAAAGGACGAUACGCAAUAUAGCCAGCGUGGCCAAGGAAGCUACCAAGCUCGAUCUCAAUCUCUCAAACCCAACGCCUCUACCCAGAAUACGAGCUCGAUGUGUACACCUGACUCCCUCGCAAAUGAGCGAGGAGUUCUUCUUCGAUACCUUUAUGAAGCAUGGUCGUCGACCUCAAGUGGCCCACGCCCCAGCCUUCUCAUUAUACAUCAAGGAAGUCCCAAAAUUGGCAAGGUGGCUCCGACCCGCUCAGAUACCUCUUCAUGUGGGUCCUGAAUGCUUGACUGGUAGGCAUAAGCUAGGGGGUCUUUUCCCGCAGGCCCAAGUCUGGCACAAGGCUCCGCCAGAGGUCAGAGUUUUGCUCCACAGGCCAAAGAGGCUCUUGGGAAAGCUCGCAGUCCACCGCUUUAAAGCUGGCAAGAGAGUCUUUGCGGCCAUCAAGUGGAAUGUGAAGGUGAACAAUCUUUGGAAGGGAAUCACUAUAGACACGAAACAGGUCCUCUUUGCCAUUCCCACCGUUCACGCUCUCGAGCAGCCCAUGUCAAGCAUGAUUGCGGAUGCUGAGACGGCCCUGAAGCAGCUUGGCAUCAGCGUCGGCCGCCCAGAAGCGAAAGGGAAAUGGAGAAAGGGAACCACUCAGACGCACGAGGAGCAGCGGGAGGACCGCGGAAGGGCACGCCCUUUCGGAAGUUGGGAAGUCAUCAGCAAGCGCGAAGACGCAAGUACAAAGGCUAAGACGCAGGCGAGGCAGGGACACACUAGCACAGCCGCAGAUGAUCAGAAGUCAUGA